AUGUCAGAAAAAAAAAAAGUUUUAAUUAUAGGUGCUGGUUAUGCUGGUAUUGAAGCUGCCAAAUUAUUAGAUUCUAAAUUUGAUGUUACAGUUGUCGAAAGAAAAAAAACAUUUUUCCAUUGCGUUGCCUCAGUACGUGUUGCUGUAGAACCAGAGUUAGUCCCACAAGUAUACAUCCCAUAUGAUAAACUUUUAAAGAAUGGUAAAUUUAUAUUCUCCUCUGCUACUGAGAUUACACCAAACCAUGUUACCCUUGAAGACGGCCAAACCCUUCACUUUGAUUACUUGGUAAUUGCUACUGGUUCCAAUGUAUUAGCUCCAUUCAAAGCCCCACUCAACCUUACAAACAAUAGAGAUAUCCAACAAUACUUUGAUAAUUUUUCAAAUCAAAUCAAACAAGCAAACAAAAUAUUAAUUGUAGGUGGUGGUAGUGUUGGUGUAGAGUUUGCCGCUGAAGUAUAUGAUAAAUAUGGAAAAGAUAAAAAAAUUACCAUUGUACAUAGUGGCUCCACUUUAGUAAAUGAUGCAAUGGCACCAAAGUUCAACAAUAUGACAUUAAAAUCAAUGGAAAAGAGAAAUAUACAUUUAGUAUUAAAUGAUAGAAUCGCCUUACCAGAGUCAGUCAGAGAAUCAUUAAAUAGCCAAUCUGCUUUACUACCAACCCCAUCAACCGCCACUUAUACAACCGAAAAAGGUGAACAAAUAGAAGCCGAUUUAUUAAUUUGGACUGUUGGUAUUAAAAUCAAUAGUGAAGCUUACACAAAUUCACAUUUCCAAAACUCUAUUAAUCAACAAGGUCAAAUUAAAGUUAAUGCCAGCUUACAAGUCGAAGGUUUCAAAAAUAUUUUUGCCGUUGGUGAUGUCACCGAUACUAAAGAAUUUAAAACAGCUUUCAAUGCCUCAACCCAUGCCAAAGUUGUUGCCAAAGUCAUCGAAGCCGUCAAUAAAAAUAGCAAUAAAUUACCAACCCAUACUCCAUCAAAACCAGUUAUGAUAUUAGCUCUCGGUAAAUCAGAUGGUGUUUUUCAAUUACCAAAUCAAAUGGUCAUGGGAUCAUUCCUUUCAAAACUAUUAAAAAGCAAAACUUUAUUUAUUAAAAAAACAUGGGAGGGACUCGGUAAUCCAAAACAAUUAAAUUUUAAUUAA